UUGCGGCUGGUUUAACUCCUGAUUUACUUUAUGAAUUAAUACCAGUUAUGCUGGAAGAGAUGGAACAAAAAACAAGCACUGCUCCGACUGGCUCCCACUCUAUAAAUUUAAUUCAACAAACUUUUAAGCACUUGGAUAGUUCGCAACAAAUUCACCAACUUCAAGCUGAAAUUAACCGCUUACAAACCCGCAUUUAUGAGUUAGAAAAAGCCCAGCAAAAGGAAAAAAUUCAAAUUGAACAGCAAAAAUUAGCCCAACAGCAAAAAAAACUAGAAAAAAUUCAGCAGUUCGCCCAAACCGAAAAUACCACUUCUAACCCACCCCAAAUUUUAUCUUUUAGUCCUCAAUUGAAUGAACUAGCCAAAAAAUUAGAGCAAUUUGACCAUAAACAAACCGAAAAUAGAUGA